CGCGUGAAAGCGACUUCUCCGGUCCUUCGCCCAGAAGCCGUGCCUUCCAGUGAUGCGAUGCUUGGCUUCGCCCGCCGCGCGCCCCGUGCUGCCGCCCUCGGCGCCGCGCGCCGCGGACGCCGCGAAGACGUCGCUACGAUGGUCCGAAGCGCUGCCAGGAGUGCUGGCUGCAGGGCUCGGAGGUCGGACGUGCCAGAGGUUGGCGCGGGCCGACCGCGAAACCGGGCGCGCCCAACCGGUCGCCCGCGCAGGCGUUCGACCUCGAGCGCGGCGCAGGAGGUUGAUUGAGUUGGGUCUUCUGGGCGGCGCUGGCAUAGCUUCGGCUGAGGCUGAGGUAGAUGAUUCAGACUAUUCCGCCAAGGCGAAGAGACUCCUGGAAGAUCCCGAGGUGAAGUUCAUUCGUGAUUUACAAGCGAAGCUCGAACUGGUGGAUGGCCGGUCAGGGCGCCGGGUGGCUCUGCCAAAGUUGCUGAAGCCCGGUGGAGCGCUGCAUGAUGCCGAUCUGCUCUGUAUUGGAGAAAUCCAUGAUUCUCCCGGGGAUCAUGCGGUGCAGAGACUCCUGCUGGAUGCGCUCACGUACGCCCUGUUCCUGGAACUGCGGAGCUCCGAGGGCGUCGCCGCCGCGGCGCCGCGCGGACGGACGCCACAGAACUUGUCGCCACAGAGGGUUGCGGUUGGCGUGGAAUACUUUUCGCGGCAACAGCAGCCUACCUUGGACACGUUGAUCUUCGACAAAAGCAAAGAUGCACUGGGCAGCAGCCCUUCCAAAUUCCGGGAAGCUUGCGACUGGGAUCGCGUUUGGUCCUACGAUUGGGAGCUCUAUGCGCCCUUGUUUCGCUUCUGUCAACUGAAUCUCAACCGCAUCGUCGGCUUGAAUCUUCCCUUGGAGGCCGUGCUGGUGGUUUCUCGAGGUGGCUUGGAGGCAGCGCCCGAGUGGUUGCGUGAGCAGCUGCCUCCUUUGGAUCUCACACAAGAGAAGCAUCGCCGGAGGUUUGAGGACAUGCUUCGGAUGCCACUGGAAGACGCGGUCGGCAGGAUGAGCCUUCCUUUGUCCAACUGGUCGCCGAAGCAGGAGCUGAACAAGAUGUACCAGGCGCAGGUGCUUUGGGACGAGUACAUGGCCAACACGGCCGCGAAGUAUUUGACCGAUGUGGGUGGCCGCUUGGUCGUACUGGCGGGCACCAACCACGUGUGGCGCGACGCCAUCCCCGAGCGCUUUGAGCGGAUGACGGCGAGUCGGGCAAGCGCAGGUGAUCCACCUCGGAAAGCUGUCUCUGUGGCAGCAUGCCUUCGUCCAAUCGGGCAUUUCCAACGCCAUCCAGUGCCCGCCUCCCGCUCAGAUCGUCCAAUCGGAUGGUCUCCAAUACGAAGGCGAACGGAUUGAUGAUGUUUCGAGCUUUGAGUUCUCAAUACAGUACGUCCCUUUGUUCCUAUUAGUAGCUUCUUGCCCCGUGCGUAGGAUCCGAUCGCUCCGUUCGGUUCGCGAUGCCCGACAUGCUCCGUUCGUAGCGUCCUUGUUCCUAUAACUACUACUGGUAUAAGCAUCACGACAUGCCAAGUUGUUCACUCAACAUCUACGGGUGCCUCCUGUCCUGUUUGAACGGCAUCGGCAUCGGCUCUCGCCUCGGCCCGACCGGUACACCGAACGAGCGAACACGACGCUGCUGGGUGAGGUGCCAUGGCGUGGGGAGCAACUGCCACCUUUAGGCGGAGAGAGCAACUGGGGCACGUCGCGUCCGUACUUUGCUGCGAAGUUGAAGUACUUUGCUUUCCCUUUAAGAAGUCGAAGUUGAAGUUGAAGAUGUCAUGAAGCUCUGGGAAGUCGAAUCCGGGGUGUCCUGUGCUGGUCGUUUGGAGAUCCCGGUUGAUCCACGGGCCGAGUGGGCGAAACCAGCCAGGUGACGAUUCGAUCGGAUGGAUCCACCGCCAUGACCGGCGCCGUUUCACUCGGUCAUUCGGCGCCGGUCAUAGGAGUGCGAAUCGAACCCCGAAACGACCUGGAGAAAACGAAAACUCCUCCAGUCCCAAUCAUAAUAUGUUUCAAGCAUCUCAAGCUGGCGCCAUAUUUGGAUCAUAUCAGACAUGAUCAGACCAAGUCCAUGGUGGUUUCUGCUUGGGCCUGGACACCUCCGGGAUGGUUUGAACAUGUUUGAACUUGUCUUGUUGCAGAGGUGCUUGCGAUUUCCUGGUGCCCAUGGAGGGCCCUGGUGGUGGGGAGGAACUGGCCCAGGACUUGUUGCGUCAGCGUGAGCGACUCCGAGGGCAGUCGCGGGUCUUCCCGGCCGGAUACCUUUGAGCACGAUCGACC